AUGCUGGCGUUCCGGUCCAGAGGCCUCGAGAGUCUGCGGAACAGCACCGAGUCUGCGUUCGCGGUGUCUCCCAUGGGCAGCCAGGGAGGGCCCGAAAGUCCGCGGCGGCCUCCCCGGAAAGUUCCGCGCGUGGCGUUCAAGAUCCUCGACGCGCCGGGUCUCAUGGACGAUUUCUACCUGAACCUGAUCGACUGGUCCUUCCAAGACGUCAUCGCGGUCGCCCUCAGUGCGCAGGUGUAUCUGUGGAGCGCAGUGACUGGGAAAGUGGAACGUCUCUGCGAGCUGUCGCGAGGCCAUGUGUGUUCGGUGGCGUGGUCAAAGCGCGGGUCGUACCUCGCAAUCGGUGCAUCAGAUGGGAGCAUUCAGGUGUGGGACGUCGAGGCGCGCUCGCGCCGGACCACGGUGACGGGGCACUCUGCGCGCGCCGGAACCUUGGCGUGGCACGGCCACACUCUGGCGUCCGGGUCCCGAGAUCGCACGAUUUGCAUGUACGACGUGCGCGCGUCGACCCCGAUCACAUCGCGCCUCACUGCGCAUACCUCGGAGGUGUGCGGGCUGGCGUUCGCAGACGAAGACGGGCGGCUUGCGUCGGGCGGCAACGACAACAUGGUGUACGUGUGGGAUCAGGCUCGGCCCGAGGCGCCCCAGCUGCGUUUGGGCGACCACACUGCCGCUGUCAAAGCGAUUGUGUGGUCCCCACACCAACAAGGCCUGCUGGCGUCGGGAGGGGGCACCGCGGACAAGACGAUCAAAUUUUGGAGCACCAGCACAGGGACAUGCGUCAAUUCGAUCAACACGGGCAGCCAGGUGUGCAACCUCGUGUGGUCGCGAACUUGCAAGGAGAUCGUUUCGACGCACGGAUACAGCGAGAACAAUAUUGUCGUUUGGCGUUACCCGAGCAUGAGCCAGGUGGUGACGCUGCCCGGGCACGACCAGCGUGUCUUGUACUUGGCGAUGUCACCGGACGGGGAGACCAUCGUGACCGGCGCCGGGGACGAAACGCUGCGGUUCUGGAAUGUGUUUCCGCCCCGAAAGACAGGCCUUCCUGGCUCUGAAGGGCACCUCUCGCUGUCAGGUAGAUCGUCGCUACGAUAG